AUGAACGCUUUUGGACACCAACCAUCUAACCAGCAGACCAGCCCUAUUCAGCACCACAGCGCUCAGGAGCUCCUGGACAUGGCCGUGUACUGCGACAACUACGGUGUGUACCAACAGAACCUCCACCACCAUCACCCCCAGAGGCCACCGACCCACCCCUCCAGCUACGGCCUCGGAGAGUACACCUCCCCGUCCACGAACCCGUACCUAUGGCUGAACGGACCCAGCAUCAACUCAUCUCCGUAUCUCCCCGGGAACAACGGCGCGUCCUAUAUUCAGUCCGGAUACGGGUCGAACCAGAGGCAGUUCUUGCCGCCUCCCACCGGGUUUGGUGGAGCAGAUCUGGGGUGGCUGUCCAUCUCCAGCCAGCAGGAACUCUUCAAGAUGGUCAGACCACCUUACUCCUACUCUGCUCUGAUAGCGAUGGCCAUUCAGAACGCGCAAGACAAAAAGUUGACUCUGAGUCAGAUCUAUCAGUAUGUUGCUGACAACUUUCCUUUCUACAAGAAGAGCAAGGCUGGAUGGCAGAAUUCAAUCCGACACAACUUGUCACUGAACGACUGCUUUAAAAAAGUGGCACGGGACGAGGAUGACCCCGGUAAAGGGAACUACUGGACACUGGACCCCAACUGUGAGAAGAUGUUUGACAACGGCAACUUCAGGCGGAAGAGAAAAAGGAGAGCUGACAUCACCGGGGCUGACAGCAGCGCUCUGCCCGUCAAGUCAGAAGACGGCCCGCACAAGCUCUCCGACACCGCCAGCCUCCUGAGCUCCUCCCCGCCCAGCCUGCACGGCUCCCCGGCCUCUACCGAGCCCAAGUCGUCCCCGUCUCCUUCCGCGGAGCACAGCCCAUGUUACAGCAAUUUCGUGUCCAGCGUGAACUCGCUGUUGGCGGGGAGCAGCGAGGGCUCCCGGGGCGGGGAGCGGGAAUACGGCUCCGGGCAUCUCGGGGGACUGUCUCAGACCAGAGAGGGCAUGUCCGGACUGGGCUCCUACUCGCCCACUUUAAUCUCCCCUCUGAACUCUGAAAACAACAGAAUGAACUAUUACACAUCAGUACAGAGUCUCUCCAACCACUUCAGUGUUAAUAACCUCAUAUACAGCCGGGAAGGAACAGAGGUGUAGACUGUUGUUUUCAGUGUUGGGCUGCUUACAGAAAAGUAAUGUAUCACUCAUUGUUAGCCUUCACCUGUCUUUAACAGCCAACUGUUAUUUAUCCUUUUCUGGUUUUGUAAUUGUAAAACUAGCACUGGACAUGAACUGGUAUUUUUCUCACAACAACCCUUCCAAACUGGGAAAAUAUAUUUUGGUGUAUUGGAAAGCAAUAUUCAUUAUUUGUAGAAAAUUAUUCUGCUCACUGAAAUCUAUCCAUGAACUGAAGGGUGCUUACUUUACUUUUCUCUUUUUUUAUAUGUGUAGCUGCUCGAUUGGGCCGACCCUCUGUCUUAAAGAAGAAGACAAAUAUGUACAGAAAUUAUUUUCAUAAGAAGAUGUGACAUGUAUUUUAGACUGAAUUGUGUUCUGUGUUUUAUUUAAACUCACGUUGAU